AUGGUAGAAAUGAUGAAUCAUCAAGAAAUGAAUAUUAGUAGUAGUAGUAGUAGUAGUAGUACUCUUGUUGAUGUGUCUUCAUUUUGGCUCUUUGAGUCUACAGGAGAUUCUGAAUUUGAUACAAAUUUUUAUAGUGAACCAAUGGAUUCAUCAUUCACUAUAAAUCCUUCUCAUCAACGUUUUCUUGUAGAUGAUGAUGCACAAUCAAGCAAUGAGGAUAUGGAUUUGGAUUUUCGAAUUGAAAAUGAAGAUAAUCAUGACGACGACAAUGAUGAUGAUGAUGAUGAGGUGGAUUCUUCGAGUUGUUCUCGUGUUUUUAAUCGUAGAAGUGUUGGAUGGAACAAUGAUAUAAAAGACGACGAUGAGGAUGAUGAAGAUGAAGGGGAUGUAGUUGAACAACGUUGGAUAAAUGGUGUCAAUAGUAGACUUAAGAAAUCUAAAAGUAGUGUUAGUAGAGUUGUUGAUUCUGAGUUCAAGAGCCAAAAAGACAAGGAUAAGCUAUUUUGGGAAACUUGUUUGGCCUCUUGA